UCAAAGGCGGUUGUAGUUUAAGUUGCCUUCCCGGUUUUCUGGUUCGAGGUCGGAGUGCGUAAUCGCAAAGACGCGUUUUGAUUGAAUUAGCUGGAAAUUGUGUUAUUACGAUUGCGGGAAAUAUCCCAUACGAUGAAGUCAAAACUCCAAGUAAUUUGGAUUUUUUGGACAACCUGCCUUCUGCCGUUGACCGUUCUACAAAGUGCGCAUGCCCAAGGAAUCUGUCGAAAUCCAAACCAGACUCAGGGAAGAUGCCUGUCUAUCUACGACUGCCCAAGUCUGCUUUCCCUGGUUCAACAAGCUGUUGUAGGUCCGGAGGACAGGCUGUUUCUUCGCAAUUCCAGGUGCUCAAAUGGAGUGGGCCAAACACCAUAUGUUUGCUGCACAAGUGAUCGGGGUAUUAGAGCUCAGGAAACCACCUCAGCGGCACCACCAGUGACGCCUACCAGUUCAAGUCAGCAGGGUCAGCAAGGUCAGGGCAACCUGCUGCCCUCGCCACCCAAGUGUGGGCCGCAUUCCUUCAGCAACAAGGUCUAUAAUGGCAACGACACGGCUGUGGAUGAGUUCAACUGGAUGGCCCUCCUGGAGUAUGUAGAUCGUAGAGGACGUCGUGAGCUCAGUUGUGGCGGCAGUCUGAUCAACAGUCGCUAUGUCCUCACAGCUGCCCAUUGCGUCGUUGGGGAAGUAGAAAAAGAAGUGGGUCGCCUCACUACUGUUCGACUGGGCGAAUACGACACCACCAAAGACAUAGAUUGCAUAGAUGACUACUGCAACCAACCUAUCCUUGAAAUGGGAAUUGAACAGACCAUAGUGCAUCCUCAAUAUGAUCCUGCCAACAAGGACCGCAUACACGACAUCGCCCUAUUGCGACUCGAUCGGCCCGUUCUACUUAACGAGUAUAUCCAGCCAGUGUGUUUGCCUUUGAUCAGCACACGACAAGCCAUCAAUCCGGGUGAAAUUUUGGUAGUCAGUGGAUGGGGACGAACCACUACUGCCCGAAAGAGCACGAUAAAGCAGCGUUUGGACCUUCCGGUAAAUGAGCACGAUGCCUGCGCACGGAAGUUCGCCACGCGCAAUAUCCACCUGAUCAGCUCGCAGCUCUGCGUCGGCGGGGAAUUCUACCGGGACAGCUGUGACGGGGAUUCCGGAGGACCUCUUAUGCGGAGGGGGUUCGACCAGGCUUGGUACCAGGAGGGCGUCGUGUCCUUCGGCAAUCGCUGCGGACUGGAGGGCUGGCCGGGAGUCUAUACACGAGUUUCCGACUAUAUGGACUGGAUCCUGAACACGAUUCGACCCUGAGGAGCGCAACGAAGGCCGCUUUUGUUCAAAUGAUGUUUUAAUUAAAGUCAAGUCGAGAGUG